CAUGGAUGGAGAAGUUCGUGCAAAAGGGCACAGAGAUUACAGCACCUGUCCCAAUGGCCCCUCCUGGGACAACCGGUAUGGGAGGCUUCGAACGGCCUUCGUCCAGGGGAAAUUCCUUACGUUCAGAUGCAAGCGCCACAUUAAAUGUUGGUGUUCUUCAUCUUGUACCGACAUUGGAGGUGUUUCCGUUAUUAGAUGAUCCUAAGACGUACGAACCAAACACCAUCGAUCUCGCAGAUCAUAGUGAGCUUGAGUAUUGGUUUAAAGUGCUAUUAGAGCAUAUGCCAGAUCUUGUUGAUAAGGUAUGAAUAAUUCUUGUUGUUUUUUUCUUUCC